UUGGCUCCAAAGGCUGCGCGUCCCCGCCCAGCCGUCCCUCCGCCCGCCCUGGAUGGGGCUGAAUCGCGUCUCCGGAUGGAGGAAAGCUUGCCAGCUCCUCUCUCUACGGGCUGGCUCUAUUUGACUGACAGGCCCGAAACCAAUCAUAACCAAGUAGCUCAAAGGUGAUGGAUCCUCCUCCUCGAGGGGAAUCGAACAGGAGUUUCCACGACUUCUCGGGAAUCGGGGCGACGAUCAAGAGAGCCAUGGAACCCCCGUUGCUGAAUGAUACAGAAGAAAUAGUUGCUUUGUACCGUGAUCUGAGCCAGUAUCCUUCGCUUUCCCAUGCUUGUAUUGGGCCUGAAGUAACAACUCAGUAUGGUGGCAAACAUUGCAAUAUUUAUACAGAGUGGUCACAGCGGGACUUGGAAAGAGCGGAAAAUGUGAAAUUCUGCCGUCAAUACCUCGUUUUCCAUGACAACCAGUCCGUCAUCUAUUCUGGCCCCACAGGCAAUUGCACUGAAGUCAAAGGAGAACUGCUCAGUCGGGAUUCUCCAAGUGGAACUCAAAAAGCUGUUGUACGAAAGAUGAACAAUAGCAAAGGCGAGGAAAAACAGUUCCUGGAGGUCUGGGAAAAAAACCGGAAAGUGAAGAGCAUCGAGUUGACAGCUCUAGAGAAGCAUGGCCAAGUAUAUGAUGAUGAUCAGUUUGGCUGUUUGGCCUGGUCACACUCAGAGACUCACCUUCUCUACGUGGCAGAAAAGAAGCGUCCCAAGACAGAGUCUUUCUUUAAGCCCAGAUCCCCUGAGCUGAACACUGAAGAGGAACUGGCCAAGACUGAACGAGACAAAGCAGUAAAGGGAGAACAGUUUGUAUUUUAUGAAGACUGGGGGGAAACUCUGGUGGCUAAGAGUAUCCCUGUAGUGUGUGUAUUGGACAUUGAGAGCAGCAAUGUUUCCGUGCUAGAAGGUGUUCCAGACGAUAUCUCACCUGAGUGGCGCCACACAGAUCUGGAGCGCCAUCAGAAACUGAGGUUCAGUCGCCAGUAUAUCCUUCACCACGAUGGCAGAGAAAUUGUUUCUGUUACUCCCGUUGGUAUGCCAGCUGAGGUUCACAAUCAGUACAUGGUAGCUUUUCUGCCUCCUGCAGGCAAGGAAGCAGACGUGAACUGGGUAUGUCUAGAAGAAACCAGCCCAAUUCAAGGUAUUAGUUGGGAUGUCCAUAUUCUUCAACCUUCUCCGGAUCAAGACAAUCCCCAGUACCGAGGCCUAGAUUUUGAAGCUAUACUACUAAAGCCCACUCAGGUAGCAGAGCAAACCAAACUUCCAUUAGUGGUGUCACCACAUGGAGGCCCGCAUUCAGUGUUCACCACUACCUGGAUGCUGUAUCCAGCAGUGCUCUGUCGAAUGGGAUUUGCUGUGCUGUUGGUGAAUUACCGAGGAUCUUUAGGCUUUGGCCAGGAUAGUGUGGAUUCACUACCAGGAAAUGUGGGCUGCCAGGAUGUCAAAGAUGUGCAGUCCUGUGUAGAGCAGAUGCUACAGAAAGAACCUCUGGAUUCAAACAGAGUAGCUUUGCUUGGAGGAUCUCAUGGAGGCUUCUUAUCUUGUCAUCUGAUUGGCCAAUAUCCUGGCACUUAUAAAGCCUGUGUGACCAGGAAUCCUGUAGUUAAUAUGGCAUCCAUGUUUGGAAGCACGGAUAUCCCUGAUUGGUGCAUGACUGAGAUCGGGCUACCCUAUGACCAAGCUGCUCUCCCAGUUCCUGAACAAUGGGAAAAGAUGCUGCUUCAUUCACCUAUGCAGUUUGUUGACAAGGUUCAAGCACCAGUUCUCCUGUUGAUUGGAGAAGAAGAUAGACGUGUCCCCCCCAAGCAAGGCUUGGAGUAUUACCAUGCACUUAGGUCCAGGGGUAUUCCAACCCGGAUGUUGCAGUAUCCGAAUGAUAAUCAUGCACUAUCCAGUGUGGAGGCUGAGCUGUCCGGCCGAAUCGGGACCGUCUACCAAGAAGUCAGCCGCUUUCCGUCGGUGACUUAUGCCAGCGUCGGACCCGAGGUUGCUGCCCGUGGCGCCAAGUGCCUGCCCCUCUACACGGAGUGGCGCCACACAGAUCUGGAGCGCCAUCAGAAACUGAGGUUCAGUCGCCAGUAUAUCCUUCACCACGAUGGCAGAGAAAUUGUUUCUGUUACUCCCGUUGGUAUGCCAGCUGAGGUUCACAAUCAGCUGCUGAUUGGAAUGUCUCCUACUGGGAAAUAUAAAGCUAUUCUCACCCAUUAUUUGGAAUCGGGGCAGAAACAGGAGGUCCUGGAGGUUUGGAGCAACAGUGGGAGGGUAAGAAAUAUCAAUCUCACAGCGCUGGAUAAACAUGGCAAAGUGUACACAGAUGAGCAGUUUCGAUGCUUUGCUUGGUCCAGCUCAGAAACGCAGAUUGUGUAUGUUGCAGAAAGAAAGCACUCUCCAAAACAACAUUUUUUCUCUCAAGAGGAAUUCACUGAAGGACAGGAGAAUGAGCGGUUUGUGUACAAUGACAACUGGGGAGAGGCACUGGGUGACAAAAGUGCUCCUGUAUUAUGUGUGUUGAAUAUUGAAACCACUGAGGUUUCAGUGCUACAAGACAUCCCAGGGCACCUCUCCCCUGGGCAGGCCCUGUGGUCCCCGGGUGACAAGGGAAUAAUAUUUGUCGGCUGGUGGCAUGAGCCAUUCAGGUUGGGAUUAUAUGCCUGUUCCAAUAGAAGGUCAGCUCUAUUUCUCUUCGAUCUGUCUGAAAAUAGCUGUGAACUAUUGACUUCAGAUGAUCAGUCUGUCUCUUCUCCCCGGCUCAGCCCUGACCAAACUCACCUGUUAUACUUGGAGGGACCAGUGUUUGGGUCUCAUCGUCACUGUUUGAAGCUACAGUUGCUCAACUGGCAAGCGAAGUCCUCCUAUACAGUAGUGGACAUAGUCAGAACUUCCACAACUGGUUUUUAUGGGAUUUACUCAGGAGCACUGUCCAUGCUUUGCUGGGCCUCUGAUAAUCAAAGAGUCUUACUUAGCACAUCUCAGAGGAGUAGAAAGGAAGUGUUAGUUGUGGAUACCAAAUCAGGAAGUGUGAACUCUAUUACAUCAGGCACAUCAGAAGGUAGCUGGACUCUACUAGGAGUUCAACAGGAUCUGCUAGUGGUGAGCUGUUCAUCUCCCAAUUGCCCUCCAAGUCUGAAAGUGGGUGUGCUCCCCCCAGCAGGGAGUGAGCUGAAGCUACAGUGGAUCAGUGUGGAGGAAUCUUCUGCACUACCUGACAUGGAAUGGAAAAUCCUCACAGUGGAUCCUGCUUUGUCUGAGAAGGGCAGCCCAUACACUGACCAAUCGUUUGAAGCCAUAUUGCUGAUUCCUCGGGGAAGCAAGCAAGGAGAAGAAGGCCGUUUUCCCCUUGUGGUUUCUCCACAUGGUGGUCCACAUUCAGUUUUUGAUGCUUGCUGGCGUCCAACUAUGGCAGGUCUCUGCCGGCUGGGUUUUGCUGUGCUUAUGGUGAAUUACAGGGGUUCCUUGGGUUUUGGCCAGGACAGCAUUGAUUCACUCAUUUCUCAUAUUGGAGUACAAGAUGUGGCGGACACUCAGCUGGCAGUAGAUGUGGCACUGCAGAUGGCGAAUUUGGACCCAAAUAGAAUUGCCUUGUUGGGAGGCUCUCAUGGUGGCUUUAUCUGUUGCCAUUUGAUUGGUCGGUUUCCAGAGAAGUACAAAGCCUGUGCAGUCAGAAAUUCCGUCACCAAUAUGGCCACUCUACUGGGGACCUCUGACAUUCCCGACUGGCGGUACGCUUCUCUAGGUCUGCCAUACUCCUAUGAGCGGAUUCCUACGGAAAAGGAUCUGGCUGCCAUGCUGCUCUCCUCCCCCAUUAUUCAUGCUGCAAAGGUACAAGCACCUCUGCUGCUAUGUGUUGGGGCAAAAGACCGUCGAGUGUCUCCUUACCAAGCUUUGGAAUAUUACCGUGUGUUGAAAGCUAGAGGAAUCCCUGUGCGACUGAUGUGGUAUCCAGAAGAGAAUCAUGCCUUAAGUGGAGUAGUAGCUGAAGCAGAUGUAUUUAUGAACUAUGCCCAGUGGAUUACACAUCACCUUUUCAGAAACGUAGAUUGAAAGUCAAUUGCCAACUAAAUAUGAAGACAUCUAAGUUGCUUACAGUGAUCUUCACAAUGCGUCAGGAGUUUCUUUUUCCCCAACUCAAUUUACAAUCAGAUUGUGGACAUCUGAAGAUUCUUCUUUGCCAAUAAUCCCUUCAAAAUGUUUUUAAGGAAUUCUGUUAAUAAUGUUAAAAAUAUCUACUCAAAUCCUGAUUCUGAUUGAAAAAUUGAUGUCUGAUAACUGGUCUUCCAAAAAAAGCUUUGCUAUUAGAUUGCUAAAUGAUAUAAUCAAUCAAGCCAACUUGUUUAUUUGAAUAGAUGGAUAUGCUGACAUAAUCCAAAGGAAAUUCUCCAAUAAGGCUUCUCAUUUGCAACUGAAUACUUUUUAGUGGGUUGGUUUUAUAUGUGAGCAGGUCUCAGCA